AUAGCUGUUUUCACGAUGACAGUGCUACGUACUUUAGCAUCGUGUAGUGGGCCCUGUAUACCCAGUAAUUGUAACAAAUGGAUUCUGAGAUUAGAUGGGACUCGAUGUUCAACAGUGAAGCAAGUUGGGAGCUCCACGGCGAGCCUCACUGCCGGCAAGAUGCAGCUGCUUGAACCAGUCCAGUAAGUAUAUAAGGACCUCGCUCAGCUUCAAUUGGAGAGCUCGACUGAUGUAGCAAUACAAAAAACUUCUAUCGUGAACUCCUCGGAUUAUCAGGUUAAAGGCAGGAUUCUGUAGCCAUGGAUUCCUUGAAGUUGAUCUUCCUCGCAUUGCUGUCGAUUCUUAGUGUUUCAGAAGUGAAAGCAACGUACUACAGGUAUUCAAUAAACUAUUAUGAGGUCAUCCCACUCUCCGACACAGUCGCGUUCACCCCGACGAUAACCGAUGCAAUUCCAAACAAAGGAACAGGUUAUGUGAAGAACAAUGCCCUUAUUUCAAUCGACGGUCGCGUUCUCGGUCAUGUUGGUGGAAUCUACUUCUACCAUGGACAAGACGUUAUCGAGGAUAUCGUGACCAUCACUUUCGGUGAAGACAUGCAAGGAAUUUGGGCUGCCAGCUCGAUCAACCUGCGAGGCUUGUGGUACAUGACUCCAGACGGUAAUGCUGAUCUGGAUAACCAGGAGUUGGCCAUCGUGGGUGGACAGGGCCAUUUCAGAGGUGCCACGGGUUCUGUUUACUACCAGAGAGUUCAAUCACAGCCUCAAACCAUCUUCUAUGUCACUUGCGAUAUCUAUAUACCUGAUUUCCUCUUCUACGGUAAGGCAAUCAAGGUCGAUCUCGACCAGCAGUUCAAACCUGAUUCCAAGCCUCAGUACCUUCCUGGACACCGUGAUCUGAUGAUCCCAGGGAUGACUGCGACUGCCUGAAAGUCGAAGUGCAGCUGCAAGACAAUCAACCUCGCCCAUAGUUUUACGAAAUGAUUCUGCUGGUGGUGUGACAAAGAUAUACGAAUUUCAUGGAGACUUUUUUCAUUAGAAGUUUGUGAGCAUAAGAUAUUCAGUAUUUCUUUCUAGAGCUAUUUAGUGUACAUUCAAAUACGAAUAUGUAGUUUCGAGAAAAAAGAUCUUCACGCAAGCAAUUUAUGAGAUUGUAUGCCACUUACUCAUUAGGUUGUUGGAUGGAACGACACCAGGUACAUCAGAAUCUUUUUAAAAGAUGUGUGAGACCCAAGACGCAUCAGGCUGUGGCUAGUUGCUCACCUGUUUGUAAGCCCAUGAUAGAACAAGAAAAAUUCGUAAUGGGCGACAACGGGAUGAAUCCUCGUGUAGGGAGGAUAGUAUGUUCUUGUUCUCUGACAGCGUCGAUUAUCAAUGGAAAAUCUGUAGUAUGUUUCUU